UUCUGUCCCUGAAGCCCGAGGAUGGAAGCCCUGAACUCCCUAGUGCGGCACCCCACCAUAUGAUAACGCGAUUUUCGAGAACGAAAAAGUGUAUGGUAGAUGUCUUGUCGGUAUCUGUCAUGUUGAGGAUUGAGAUCAAACCUACGCGUUUUCGCAUUUUCUCCCAAUCCCAUUCCACAAUUCUUCUUCGGUCCCAGCUGCCAAAAUGAUCCCCACCAUCCUCCGCACUGCCUUCCGCCGCACCGCCCCCCGUCUGGCUCUCGGCCAGGCCCGCCUGCCCCUCGCUCGACAGGCAUGCCCAGCUGCCGCACGGGCCUUCAGCGUCAGUUCUUUCCAGCGCACUUUUGCAUCGGAUUAUGAAGAAGCCCCCUCACAAGCAACAGUCGGCCUCCCCGCCCCGGGCUUUCGCGCGCAAGCUGUCGUGAACGGCGAGUUCAAGACGGUGUCGCUCGAGGAUUAUAAGGGAAAAUACGUCGUGUUGUUUUUCUAUCCGAUGGAUUUUACUUUCGUUUGCCCAACGGAGAUCAUUGCCUUCAGCGAACGCAUUGAAGAGUUCCGAGCUUUGAACGCCGAGGUGAUCGGUGCGAGCACGGAUACGAGGUUUUCGCAUUUGGCGUGGACGCAGAUGCCGCGCAAGCAGGGUGGGCUUGGUGAAAUGAAGAUCCCACUCAUCGCGGACCCUACCAAGGACCUCGCGCAUGACUACGGCGUCUUGAUCCAGCAAGGAGACGAUGCAGGUGUGGCGCUGCGGGGCACCUUCAUUAUCGAUCCUCAGGGCAAGCUGCGAAUUGCACACAUCAACGACCUUCCCAUCGGGCGCAAUGUUGACGAGUAUCUCCGGUUGGUGGAGGCGUUGACCAUCCACGCCGAGGUGGGCGAGGUAUGCCCGGCGAAUUGGUCGAAGGGGUCCGACACUAUGAAGGCAGAUCCGAACGGAUCCAAGGAGUACUUUGGGAAGAAGAAUUGAGCAGUAGCGUUAGCGGUAGGGGAGAUCGGUACGGAGUAGCUUGCACGAGGACCUAGGUUUUGUGCAGUUCUCCAAAAGAAUAUCAAAGGCGUAGCAGG